AUGGCAAAGUACAUCGCACAGAUAAUUCUCGCGGGAUCACGCAUUCUGGGAAGAGCGUUUGCCAAAGCCCUGCAAGAAGAGUAUGCCGCAAGUCGAAAUGCUGCCAAGGCGCGUGCCAGCACCAGUCAAUCAUCAUCUAGUAAAAGCGAUUCCAAUGCAUCUAGCACAUCGGGUCUCUCGCUGGAGGAAGCUAAGCAGAUACUCAACGUUUCGGACAUAUUUGACACUGAGAACGUGCUCAAGAAGUAUGAACAUCUCUUCGAAGUGAAUGAUAAGUCGAAGGGAGGCUCGCUCUACUUGCAGUCUAAGGUCUUUCGGGCAAAGGAGCGUAUAGACGAAGAGCUACAGGCAAUGAAGUCUUCUGCUUCGCCAACGCCUCCUUCAACAGAUAAUUCAUCCCCAUCGGACACGAAAAGGCCUGAAACUUGA